AUGCCAACCCAACUUCACUACCGUUCCCCUAAGAGCGAAGCGAGUCCUGAUUCAGCCGGUCCGAUUUAUAAGUCUUCUUCCAUAUCGUCGCCCGAGGAUCAGAGUCUGUGCUCCAAGUCGAAUAGUCGCAAGCGAAAGUCGUCAGUGGAACUUGACGACGAUGAUGAUGACGAUCUUGAUAGCCACCAACCAGUGAAAAAGACGGCUCACAACAUGAUUGAGAAGAGAUAUCGCACUAAUCUCAAUGAUAAGAUUGCAGCUCUGCGAGAUAGUGUACCAAGUCUACGCAUCAUGUCGAAGAGCGCGAGGGGCGAGGACACGACCGAGGACAGAGAAGAGUUACACGGCUUAACACCUGCGCACAAACUUAAUAAGGCCACGGUCCUAAGCAAAGCUACCGAGUAUAUUAGGCAUUUAGAAAAAAGAAAUAUUCGGCUCGUCGAUGAGAACUCGGCCAUGCAGCAACGAAUAGCUGCUUUCGAGAAACUCUUCAUGGCGGGUGCGAUGAACGGUGCAGUCAGUCCCUUGCAGCAAACGACGCCUUCCACGCCCAUACAAUACUCGCAAGAGCCUAAUGGCUACGGAAACUCAGCUAUGGGCACAUCGGGUCAGACUGACCCCCAGGGUAUGAUACAGGUACCUGAAGAUAUGAAGCGUAUAAUUGCCGCCCAGUUGGCGACGGGUCAGCCGUAUCCAGUACCGCCAAGGCCGUUUGGCGGUAAUCACAAUCCCAAUUUGAUACGUCAACAGCAAAUCCAACAGCAACAACACCACAUUCAAGCAAGAGGCUGGCAGAAUGCUGGUCCUUACUUUGGAAAGUUGAUGGUUGGCUCCCUAGCCGGGUUGAUGCUUCUGGAGGCCGUUCGGGAGAACGAGCAAAGCAACGAGACGCCGGAGGGCCGUGGUCUCUUCGCCGUGCCCAUACGCCUUCUCAGUUUACUUACAUCCUCGUUGAAUAUUAACUUUAUGGGUUAUCAUUUUCAAGGUGCGCAGGUAUUAUAUUCUAUUAGGGUUGCAUUGCUGCUCUGUAGUAUUUGGUGGGCUGUCUUCCCCUCGCUCAUGGAACGUAGGCCACCAAGUGUGCAGGGUUCCAAACAGCAGAAACAGGCUUCCCUGAAAGCAGUACCAUCUCUGGCAUCUCCUAUCCACGUGCGUCGUCAAGCAUGGCUUACAGCCAUCCAGACAGUCUGGGUCCCACGGCACAAUUUCUUCCUCGAGGCUGCCGCCCUUGGUCUCAAGACAAUGAAGCUGAGCCUGAGGAAUCUCAUCGGAAUCCAUGGUUAUCAGAUGCUGACGGGUCUUACGGAGGACGAAGAGCUUGCCCGUGUCAAGGCAUGGGCAAUCGCCCUAGACGCUCAACUAGCCGGAGGAGAUGUCGAGAUCAGCAAGAGCCGGCUAACUCUAACCUUGCUCGCUUCGGGAACUCUCCCCACCACACCACUUCGGUUGAUGCUUAAGGCGCUCCAUAUUCGAGUUCUGUUGUGGGAAGUUGGCCUCUCCGGUAUCCAGCUUGGCAUAUUCAACACAUUUGCGUCUAAAUUGGCUCGAGCAAAAUGGAAUGAGGCAAAACAACUACACAGACUCCUCACGCAGCUUCGCCGUGGCGGCCAGGAACAAUCUGAUGACGAGCUACCUGAUCACCUAGCUGCCUUGCUUGAGCAAGAUUGUGAUAUGGUCCUGAAUCCAAAUAUCGUUCAAAGGGCACAUAAUCUCGCCUGGAACCGCCCAACCGACUACAACGCCAUUGGAAUCGUUGAUGGUAUGGAUACUGUGGUAGAAGACUUGGCAGUCCGCUCGCCAAUGGACGCUGUUGCAGCCUGGUGGUCAAACAUGACGCUACAAGGUGCACUUACGAAUAGUCUUCUGGCGCAAGAGGAUGAUGCGGACACAGUCCAACAAGUCGAGGAUGAUGUGUCACUAGCCAUUAGAACCGCCCCGAUUGGAUCCAUCGCCCAAAAUCGUGCUUUGGUUGCACGCGCGCUACUCUUUGAGGAGAAACGAAACAUCAACAUUAUGGCUGCAUUGCAAGCUAUUGGACCUGUAACCCCGGUUCUCUCAUCAAAUAGUCCCUUGGGCAGCCCUACCCUCAUGACCACCGAGAUGCGCACUGCUCUCCUAUGUGCCAUGGCCAUCGCCCAUCUUCAAAAAUUCUCUCCCCCUGAGGAGCCUGUGGAUAUCUAUGGUGUAAUCGAUCAGAUCCACCCCAUCAGUGAAAUGGGAUUGCUCGGUUACACCGCUACUUUCAAAUUAAUGGACCGACUUGCUAGUCAUGAGUUCGCUGCAGAAGCUUGUGCUGAUACGCUAGAGCGCCUCUCGGGGACACUGCGGAUAUGGACUGGGAAAGACUGCGGACUUGAGCCAGAAGUUCGGCACCAGAUGAUUGAACGAUGUUUGACCGUAACCCGUGGUGUUGUUGGAAUGGGCAUCGACACCGAUACCGGCUAUGGCAGCAUCAGUCAUGAUUUGGACUACGCAAAGCGUCUCCGAUCCAAACCCAAUCGACUAGAUGCUAAGCGGCGUCCAACUUGUAUGUUUACCUAG